AUGAAUAUAAAAGUCUACAUCGAUAAUAAACUUAAAAAUUUAUUAUCAUAUUGUAAGACAGCCAGCGCUAGCAAGUCAACAGAAAGCAAUAAGCCUCCUAUACAAGUUGCUGUAGACCCACAACUUCUAUCAAAGCUAUUGCAAAUCGAACAAACAAACGCAAUACAUAUUCAAGAACUCGUCACCGGUCAAUCAAGAAUUGAAGCGAAACUCAAUGCACAACACGAUCAACUUGAGGCGAUAUUAAGCGGUGGUAAAGGGAAAAAAACGAAAUCCUCGGAAGAAUUCUACCAAGAACUAAUCAAGGACAAACUUCUUCGAGACGAAGAUUCAGCUGAACAACUGAAAAAGUUAAAGGAAAAAGGCAUCUCGUUCACCAAACUAUGGGAGAAAAAAAUAUAUUCUGCUAUGCUCAUCCCAAAUCGUGCUAAAAAAGGAUAUUACAAACAACAAAAAGAUGUAAAGAAAGUCCACGAAGAAAUCUACGCCCCAAGUGAUCCAGAUAAUCCGGCUUCCGACACGUUCCUCACGUUAAUAAUUAAGGCAGUUUUUCCUACUGAAGAGGAACGGACCCAAGCUAACGCCAUUUGGACACAGGCGGUACUUGAAGUGAUUUUCGAUGAGGAACAUACUUCGUCGAAAAUCGAGGCUGAUAUUGUUGAAGCAUGGACACAUAAAAUCUCCGCUACACAGACAGUUGAAUGGUGA